CUUCAUUUUGGCUCCUUUUUACUUAAUAAACAAAGCAAACCUGGAAACACAAAACCAGGAGAGAUCAUUUGGACAAAUAAUUCACCUGAAGGAUGCAGGACGGGAGUUGGAAUCAGCCACUCCCCAUCUCCCUGCUGAUGAAGGACCCAGCAGGGGGAAACUUGGAGGGCGAUGGCGGGGUGUUCUCUGAGGCUUCCUCUGAUGGGGAGCUCUACCUGGACUCCACAACAGAGCUGGGUUCGGCAGAUUUUGCAGAUCUUACUUCUUUCUUGAGUGCAGAAGAGAUUAAUCUUAGCCUAGAUCUGGCCCGGGAGGCCUUUGGUGAUACAUCUGAUGAUCCAGGUCGCCCUAAUCCUUCAUCCCAGGAGCAGGCUCUCCCAGUUGUCCCCUCUGUCCCAGUGCCCACCCAGACUAUUGAAAACCUCAACACAAGCCCAUACUUGCAAAACCAGACCAAAGCUCCUUGUCCUGAUGACAAUGCCACAGUCAAAGCUUCGUCCGGCCACAAUGCCCCCCUUAGGAAACCUGUCCAGGUAUCCAGUGAGGCUCAAGCGUCUGCUGAGAAGAUUGUACGUCACAAACACAUGCAGCCAGUAUAUAAGCAGGAUAAACCCAGGCUGGUCCAUGAAGGCCUGGAGCUUAAUGAUCGGGCAGCGUCAGCCACAGAGUUCUGUAGCCGAGCAGCCACUUUCAUUGAAGAGCUGUCAUCCAUCUUCAAAGGCUCUGCUCAUCUGGAGCAGCAGGUGGAGGAGGACUCAUCCUCUCCUGAUAGUGGUUAUCUGUCUCCUAGAAGCCAGCGGCCAGCCCCUCAGGGCUCAGCUUCUGCUCCCUCUCUGCCUCCUGCCCCACAAGAGGCAACCCACUACAGUCAGCCAGCAGUGGGCCCUCAGCCUGGAGGUCUAGAGGGGGUGAUGGGGUCUGCAAGGUACCAACAUUCAGGAGCUCCGACCACAAUGGGACCCCUUUCCCUUCCACGAUUCCUCCAGAAGCUGAAGAGUCAGGAGGUGGCAGAAGGGACGCCCAUUCGUCUGGAGUGUAGAGUCAUAGGAAACCCACUGCCACUCGUCAGGUGGUUCUGCGAAGGCCGUGAGCUGCACAGUUCUCCUGACAUCCAGAUCUGGAGGGAUGGUGACCUGCACACUCUGGUGAUCGCUGAAGCCUUUGAGGACGACACCGGCCGCUACACCUGCGUGGCCUCCAACAGCCUCGGAGCAGAUAAUACAUCUGCAGAGGUUUACAUUGAAGGAGCUUCAUCAUCAGAUUCAGACGGAGAAGGAGGAGUGUCAAAGUCCAAAUCAGGAGCCAUGCCUCAAGUUCAGAAGAAGACUACAUCAAUGUCCCUGACAAUACGAUCAUCAUCACCCAAAACCCCUGAGGUCCUUCCUCAUCGUUCCACUCUGGUCCAGUCUUUAUCUCAGCCCCCACAGCGGGUGCAGAGUCCUGUGUCAUCACUGUACGGUGCUGAUGUGUCAGGUCCCCCUGUGUUCACCAAGAUGUUGCAGGACGCUCUGGCAUCGGACGGCCAGGUGGUGGUCCUGGAGUGCAGGGUCCGUGGCAGUCCCCCUCUGCAGGUCCGAUGGUACCGACAGGGAGAGGAGAUCCUCGACUCCCCAGAUUUUCGUAUUCUCCAAAAAAAACCCCGAUCUGCAGCUGAAUCAGAGGAGAUCUGCACACUAGUGAUAGCCGAGGCCUUUCCAGAGGAUGGAGGUCUGUUCUCCUGCACGGCGUCUAAUCCCUAUGGCUCUGUCAACUGUUCAGCCCAACUCACUGUCACUGCAGCAGCUGAAGAUUCAUCCAGUAAUGGCAUGUCUGGUGAUAGCUCAGGGUUUGAGGAUGCGGCAGCCUUCCCUCCUCCUCCCCCACCCACAGAGAUCAGCCUCCUGGAGCUGCCACCCAAGAUGCUGCCUCAGCCCAGCGCUGAUGCUGUCCAUACCAAGGAGCUGGAGAUCUGGCCCAGCGUGUCUGCCCUGCCUCCGGUUCAGAUUCAGGGCUCAGAGGUGGAGGACAAGGGGAAGGGAUCUGUCCAGAACGGUCAACCUCUGAGUCCACCAUCACCUCCAAUGAUGCCUAAAGAGACCACGCCACCCCCACCACCACCUCCUCCUCCUCCUCCACCUCUACCACUGUCUGAGCCUGCUACAGAUUUCCCAGUCAAAGCACAGAGUCCAGCCCAGGCGGCACCAGACUCACCUCCGACCCCAGGCAAGCUGUCUCCAUCCCCUGGGAGGGACGCUCUUCCACUGCCCAUCAAGCCUAAACCAAAGCUGAACGCCUCCCAGCUGAAGCAGCUGCACGACCAGGUUCUUCUAGAGCAGCAGGAAGCAGCCAACUGGCACCAACAGCAGCAGGAGGAGCAAAGCCAGGAAGUCCCGCCUCCACCACAGCAACCUCCUCAAGAAGUUCCUCCACCUGCUCCUCCAUCCCCACCUCUCCCCCCUCCUCCCUCCUUCCAGGAGCUGGAGAGCAGUACAGCCAUGCAGGCCAGCACCUUCAACUACGCCCGGCCCAAGCAGUUUAUCGCUGCUCAGAGCCCAGGGGGGGCGGGCUUCAUUACCCAGAAUUCUGGAUCUUCAGGGUCCAGUCUGUCUUCACCCUUGUCUCCUCCCACUUCACACAAGCCCUUCAGCAGGGUCACCAUGCCUCCUUUCACCAAGGCCAGCAGCUUGGAGUCCCCCAGUUCUCCUUCUUUUCCUCCUCCACCUCCGCCAUUCCUCAGCUCCAGUAACCUGUCCUCUCCAUCAGGCCCCGCCCAGGACUUCCCUCCUCCUCCACCUCCUCCGCCUCCACCUGUCUCCAUGUCUCCAGCCCAUUCAGAUAUGUCCUCGCCAUUCUCCUCUGUUCCCCCGUCUCCGGCUUCCAGCUUCUUGUCUUCGGUGUUGCCCUCCACACCCUCCACGCCUUCCACACCCAGCAGUCCUAUAGUCAACGCCCUGGGUCUUCCUAAAGGCAACGGGACUGUCAAAGCGUUCCCCAAAAAGUCCUCGGUCACCAGGACGCCACGCAUGGCCUCUGACUCGGACAUCCAGGGAUCCAAAGAUGCUGUGAUCCAGGACUUGGAGAGGAAACUGCGCUUUAAAGAGGAACGGGUUAGCAAUGGUCAACAGAGGUUAACCUAUGAGGAGAAGAUGGCUCGCAGACUGCUGGGUGCUGACAACGCUGCCACAGUCUUAAACACACAGGAAACAGAGGAGGAGCCAGUCACACAGGAACACAAGUCAUCUGAAUGUUUCCCUCAAAAGGAAUAUAAAGUGUCCAGCUUUGAGCAGCGCCUGAUAAGUGAGAUUGAGUUUCGUUUGGAGCGUUCUCCUGUGGAGGAAUCAGACGAUGAUGUGCAGCAUGAUGAGGACUCUGCCGGCCGGGGGGUGGUGCCGUCCUUCGACCAAAAGCUCAAACACUAUAAAGUCUUUGAGGGGAUGCCAGUCACCUUCUCCUGCAAAGUCAACGGAGACCCCAAACCAAAGGUCUACUGGUUUAAAGAUGGCAAGCAGAUUUCCAAGAGGAGCGAGCACUACAGGAUCAGCCGUGAUCCUGAUGGGACCUGCUCUCUGCACACCGCUGCAGCCUCCCUGGAUGACGACGGCAACUACACCAUCAUGGCAGGAAACCCAGAGGGCAGAGUGAGCUGCACCGGGAGGAUGAUGGUCCAGGCUGUGAACCAGCGAGGCCGAAGCCAACGCUCUGCACCUGGACACAUGCGCAGGCCCAGAUCCAGGUCCAGAGACAGCGGGGAUGAGAACGAUAACAUCCAAGAGCGUCACUUCCGCCCUCAUUUCCUGCAGGCGCCCGGCGACCUCAUAGUUCAGGAGGGUCGACUGUGCCGGAUGGACUGCAAGGUGAGUGGUUUACCCACUCCAGACCUCAUUUGGCAGCUGAACGGACAGACCAUCCGCCCUGACUCCGCCCACAAGAUGCUGGUGAGGGAAAAUGGUGUCCACUCAUUGGUCAUCGAGCCUGUGACGAGCCGCGACGCCGGCAUCUACACCUGCAUCGCCAGCAACCGGGCCGGACAGAACUCCUUUAACCUGGAACUCAUCGUUGCAGCCAAAGAGAUGCACAAGGCUCCAUCAUUUGUGGAGAAGCUGCAGAACACAAGCGUGGCCGAGGGGCAUCCUGUACGCCUGGAGUGUCGCGUCACAGGCGUUCCAUACCCACAGAUCUUCUGGAAAAGAGAGAAUGAGUCGUUCACUCACAACACAGACAGAAUCAGCAUGCACCAGGACAACUGUGGCUAUCUUUGUAUGAUCAUCCAGCCUGCUAUGAAAGAAGACGCCGGCUGGUACACGGUGUCAGCCAAGAACGACGCCGGUAUCAUAUCCAGCACUGCACGCCUCGACGUCCACACUCAAUGGCAGCAGCCCAACCUCCCUAAGCCCAAGAAGGUGCGUCCGUCCACCAGCCGCUACGCCGCACUGACGGAGAGAGGCCUGGACGUGAAGGCCGCCUUCUUCCCCGACUCCAGCCCGCUGCAGCCCGGCGGCCUGAUAGAAAGUGAUGACCUGUAGAGACGGCAGGGAAGCGUGAGGAUCACCACCGCAAAUAAAAAAUAAAUAAUAAAUAAAGCCUGAAAACUGCCCCCCACUCCCAGCACUCCCCUAGAUACUUUGAUGACGACGGGGAGGGGCCGAAUAUAACUUUGUCCACCUGUGGGACUCUGUCAUUGAACUGCAGAACUAAAAGGGCAAAGUGAGCUGGUGCAGCUGUGGCUCUCAUAUGUUUUCUAGUAUGACACCAUCCAUGAUAUAACAGAUUUCAUUAAGUGGUUUCCCAAAGCUUCAUGUUAUUAACUGGACCUGGAAAAUGAUAAUAAGACUGGUCAUAAAUAUGCUCAUAUGGGGACCCUGUUUAACAAAGGGUCGCCUCUUUAAGUGCCUCUCAUGUCUGUAAACAUUAAAACAGGUCUCAAUUUGACGUAUUACUCCGACUAUGCAUGUUCAAGUGGUGCCAUUUGCAAUACACAGACUAAUCUAUAAGUAACCCUCCACUGACUAUUUGUAGAGGCGCCAAUGGCUGAAGAAGAACUGAAGGAUUCAAAGCAUCGUAGCUUUGACGAAGGAGAGAACCCAGACUUUUAUUUUGGGAUUUGUGUAGCACAGUGUAUCUGAUUGUAGUUACAGUAACAUACAGUCUCCAUGUUAUCAGGUCAUACAGUAGUGUAGUGUUGCAGAUAUUGGACAAGGCCGGGCCUUACAAACAGUAUGUUUAGUGUUUUUUCUAAUUUAGACACAGAGGGGGUUUGCGAAAGAGAUCUUACACAUAUAGAUGAGAUGUGUCAGUUUGUUGAACUGGUAGGAAAGACAGAUUUAAGAAACACAUGAGAAAGUGAAGGUGGUCGUCAUCAAAACGGGAAAAAGCAGGUUUCUUGAUGGACAUGAACAUUUGAUAGAGGGAUGUAAGUGAAAGAAAAAGAAUGAGAGCAGCGGAGAAGGCGAAAGCUGUGCAAGUGACAUGAAAAACUCUGGUGAUGGUGGGACAUUUUGGUGACUUUUUUUUCCUUUUUAGUGGUGUGAAUUGAAAUGACACUCAAAAAAGGGUGCUGUGAAAGGUUUCAGUGUAUUCGUCACAUCACCCGUUUUAUUUUUGUAUGAAAAAAAAAAGACAAUUUACUUUCCCGUUAGCCUUAACAUAAGUUAUAGCAGCAACCUGUUCACUGAUAAAACAAUCCUUUCUGUAUCCUGUCAUUUUAUAAAUAUAUGUACUGCCUUAAAUCACUUUUAAGCUUAAUGCAAACACAACUUCUUUGCAUGUUAUUUUAUUUGGACACUUGUACAGUGCCAAACAACUUUUCCCACAGUAUUCCGGGGCAGCAUUACCCUUGUACUGGGGUGAAAAGUGAAAAGCAAAGGUAUAUUUAUAUCUACUAUUUUUGUCACCUCUGUAAUACUAUACAAAGUGGACAUCUUUCUCUCUGUGUCUGUUCAAAGCUUGCAUCAGCUGACAGUUACUGUGUUUGCACAUUUCUAUGCCAAUCGAUGCCUGUAUAUGGAUUGUUCUCCUGAUAUUAUUUUAGGUUAUGAAAGUUAAUAAAAGGCAAACUCUUCAGAGA